AUGGGGGCUGACGACCUUUCUCUCUUUGACCUCACCUCUGGCGCCUCUCCUGCUCCUGCUGCUGAUGCUGAUCCCACUGUCCGCUCUAAGUGGGCCACCCGCGAUGCUGCUGCACGUCUUGCUGUGCGUCGCCACCUCCCUACCUCUGAGCGUGCGCACUUUAGUCAGUACAAGAGUGCUCAGACCUUGUACGACGCUGUAGUUGCACGCUACUCCUCCCCUGCCACUGCUGCACUGAGCCGUCUCAUGCUUCCCUACCUCUUUCCUGACCUCUCUGCCUUUCCCACUGUCGCUGACCUCAUUACGCACCUCCGCACUAGUGACACUCGCUACCGCGCCGCCCUUCCUGCUGAGUUCUGCGCUAAGAACCCCCCCCCCAUGUACAUCGCUCUCUACUACGUAGUCGCGCGCCUCCCUGACUCCCUUCGCGUCGUCAGGGACCACUUUCUCGCAGUCUGUCCCACCACCCUCACCGUCGACCUCCUCGAGAAGGCCCUCCUCGCAGCGGAGAAGAGCAUAGUCGCUGUAGGUGCUUCUCGUGGUGACCCUCGCACCCCCAUCUUUGAGGGGUGCUCUCCUUCCCCCUUGCUGCCCUCUGUUGCCUCUGCUGCUGCUGCCGACCUGCUUGGUCUUGAGUCGGUCGGCGCGGCGUCUGCCCCUAGUGGGAGACGUCGCUCCAGCAAGGGCAAGGGGGGCAAGGGCGCGGGUGGAGCUGGAGGGGGCGGUGGCGGUGGCGGCGGUGGCGGCGGAGGGAGUGGGGGUGGCGGCGGGACUAGUGGCGGGGGUGGUGGUGGUGGUGGCAGCAGCGGCGGAGACGGUGGUGGUGGUGCCAGCGGUGGUGGUGGAGGCAGCGGCGGAGGUGGAGGCGGCGGAGGUGGAGGCGGUGGAGGCGGCAGCGGAGGAGGCGGUGGUGGUGGAGGAGGUGGAGCUGGUCGAGGUGGUACCCAGCAGCGUAGCGGCGGUGGUGGUGGCCAGCGCUCGCAGCGGCAGCAGCAGCAGCGCUCGCGGGACAUCCCUCCGCCUCAGCAGCUUCGUGAGUGGUACGCUGGGCAUCAGAGGGGUGGGGGUACUGGUCCCUGCACCUACGUUCUUCGUUCCGGCGACCGCGCGGGUGAGCAGUGUGGGGGUGCCCACGCCACCCAGCGCUGCUUUGGCCGCCUGACGGACGCUUGGCGUUGGCAGUUCCCUGGGGCUAGUGAGAUCCCUCGCUGGGAUGAGCUUCUAAGGGCUGGUGUAGCGAUCUUUGAUCUUGAUUUUGAUGCUAUCCUUGCUGCUAUGUAUGUUGUGGAUUAUAGUGAGGAGAAUGAGGGUUACCGUUGUUUCCAGCCCGACCCGGGCAUUGGUACUGCUGCGCUAGGUACUGCGUCGUCCUCGUCCUCCCUCACUUUCACACUUGACUCCGGAGCUUCUCGCUCCUUCUUUCGGGACCGCACUACCCUUACGCCGCUCGGCCGGCCGGUUGCGAUCUCCCUUGCUGACCCCUCUGGGGGUCCUGUCCUGUCUCACUUCUCCACUGUCCUCCCGUGUCCGGCUGCCCCUUCGGGCACCCUGUCGGGUCUGUACCUUCCCUCGUUCUCUACGAACUUGGUCAGUGGAGCGGACCUGCAGGAUGUGGGGGUUCACCAGUUCACUCCUGCGAGUCAGCGGGUGACCCACUGCACGGAGGCACGCACAGGCCGACACCUGGCCACGUUCUCGCGUCGGCCGGGGUCGAGUCUCUACACCCUGACCGUUGAGUCUCCUCCUGUCCCUGCGUCUGGUCAGGUGGCUGCGUCGGGUCAGGUGCUUGCUGCUGCGUCCCGGUCAGGUCUUGAGUCUGCCCCCUGUUCUUGUCGCCUCCUGUCUCACGAGACUCUCCUGUGGCACCACCAUCUUGGCCACCCCUCCUUGCCCCGUCUUCGGAGCAUGGCUUCCCGUGUCCUUGUCUCUGGUCUUCCCCAGUCUCUCCCUCCUCUCCCCUCCGGGCCAGGACCUUCCUGUGUCCCCUGUGUCGAGGGUUGCCUCCGGGCUACUCCUCACUCCUCCCACUUCCCCCCGACAGAGGCUCCCCUGCAGACGCUUCACAUGGAUGUGUGGGGCCCAGCCCCCGUCGGUGGGCAGGGUUACGAGCGCUACUUCCUGUUGGUGGUUGACGACUACCCGCGUUACACCACAGUCCUCCCCUUGCGCAGCAAGGGUGCGGUCACUGAGGUACUGAUCGACUGGAUCCGCGAGGCUCGUCUCCAGCUCAGGAAGAGCUUCGGCUCGGACUUUCCUGUUCUGCGUCUGCACUCGGACAGAGGCGGAGAGUUCUCUUCUCGCCUUCUGCGGGACUACCGUCGUGCACGGGGGAUCCGCCAGACCUUCACGCUUCCGGACUCACCACAGCAAAAUGGGAUUGCUGAGCGCCGCAUUGGCAUGGUCAUGGAUGUCGCUCGUACGUCCAUGAUGCAUGCGGCUGCCCCCCAUUUUCUGUGGCCGUUUGCGGUGAGGUACGCGGCGCAUCAGCUCAACCUUCACCCCCGGGUCUCUCGGCCUGCGAUGUCCCCAGCCUUGCUGUGGACUGGGAAGGUUGGCGAUGCGUCUGUGUUCCGUGUCUGGGGAUCUCGGGCGUUUGUCCGCGACUUGUCUGCGGACAAGCUGUCCCCUCGUGCUGCUCCCUGUGUCUUCCUUGGCUUCCCCACUGACGCCCCAGGGUGGCAGUUUUACCACCCCUCCUCUCGUCGUGUUCUGUCCUCCCAGGACGUCACGUUCGACGAGUCAGUCCCCUUCUACCGUCUCUUCCCCUACCGCACUCCUUCCCUCCCCCCUUCCCCGGACUUCCUUGUGCCGGUUCCCCCCCCGGUAGACCCCCUCCUCCCUCAGGUUCCUGCCCCCUCAGGUGUGUCCCAGGUAGACGCCGUUGACCCGGUCGAGGUUACUGGUGACUCUGGUGCUGCUGCGGGUGCUGAGCCUGGGGGUGCUGACUCUGGGGGUGCUGUGCGCGGGGGUGCUGAGCCUGGGGGUGCUACUGCUGGGGGUGCUGGGCCUGGGGGUGCUACUGCGGAGGGUGCGGAGCCUGGGGGUGCUGAGCCUGGGGGCUGGGAGCUGCUGAGCCUGGGGGUGCUGCGUCUGGAGCUGCUGAGCCUGGGGUUUCUCCUGCUGCUGCGUCUCGCCGGGAGCCCCUCUCUUCACAGGAGCUGCGCGAGUGGUUCGCUCGCCGCUGGAGGCGUGCUGCUGAGUCUGGAGGUGCUGCUGGAGCUGGAGCUGGAGCUUCUUCGACCGUCGAGGGUGCGGGUGCUGCCGGUCCCGGAGCUGCAGGACCAGCGGGUCCUCCUGGAGCUGGAGCUGCUGAGGGCGUUGGUGCUGAGCCUACUGCUGUUGGUACCUGCCGCUGGAGGUGUGGGUGGCGCUGGUGCUGUCGCUGAGGGUGCUGGUGCUGUCCCUGCUGCGUCUGGAGCUGCCGCGCGGCCUCGGCCGUACUUCGUUCCGCUCCUGCAGCAGGUUCUUGGUCUUUCUCAUCCAGUAGAGGGUCCACCGCCUGUCCAGUCGCAGUCCCUGCUGGAGCCUUCCUCUCCACUGCCUGCUCCCUCUCCUUACACUGGUCCUACUGGAGGUCUUGCUGAGCGUCGUGAGCCUGCGUCUCGUCCCGCGUCGCCUGUUCGUGCUGCUCGCGCUAGUGGUCGCAGUUCGCGUCAGCGUCCUCCUCCUGUCCCUGGCACGCACCGGAUGUCUUUGCGUCCGUCCACUGCUCCUCUGCGUGCCCCUUUGCCUUCUCCUCCUGAGUCCUCUCUUCCUGCGCUUGCCGACCCUGAGUCGGACUCUCUUCGUGCUGCCAGUCCUACUGUCACGCGUCUGCUUGCUACUGUCGUCACUGACCCCUCUUUUGAGUCCAUUGCUGCGUCUGCUCUAGUCACUGAGCUCGUCGACUUUGCUAGUCGCUGUCGUCUCGACUACGCUGCUAGUCUUGUUGCUGAGUCUGCGUCUGUCUGUCCUCCGUCCGUCGGGGGUGAGUGUGCUCUUGGCACGGACGUCCUAGAGGACAGGCAGGAGGAGUUACAGUGUCUAGCGGCUGCUUCACCUCCUCUCGCGUCUGUACUGCUUGCCCCUGAGGGAGACCCGGAUGCACUAGACAUCCCGACUCCGCGUUCUUACGCGGAGGCCGUAGAGGGUCCCUACUCCUCUCAGUGGCAGGCAGCUAUGGAUGCAGAGAUGGCUUCCUUGAAGUCCACAGGCACCUACGUUGACGCGGUUCCCCCUCCUCGGGCGAACAUCGUCAGUGGCAUGUGGAUCUUCAGGGUGAAGCGGCCGCCGGGCUCUCCACCUGUCUUCAAGGCACGGUACGUUGCUCGUGGCUUCAGUCAGCGGCAGGGAGUUGACUACUUUCAGACCUUCUCUCCCACCCCGAAGAUGACUACUCUUCGGGUGCUGCUGCACAUAGCCGCUCAGCGCGACUACGAGCUUCACUCUCUCGACUUCAGCACUGCGUUCUUGCAGGGUAGCCUGCACGAGGAGAUCUGGCUUCGCCGUCCACCUGGCUUCACUGGGACUUUCCCUCCUGGCACCCAGUGGAGCCUCCGACGGCCAGUCUACGGUCUCCGCCAGGCACCGCGUGAGUGGCACGACACACUGAGGACUACGCUUGCGGCUCUUGGGUUUGCUCCUUCUACUGCUGACCCGUCGCUGUUUCUGCGCAACGACACUUCUCUGCCGCCGUUCUACAUCCUCGUGUACGUCGAAGACUUGGUCUUUGCCACAGCGGACACUGCUGGACUCGCCUACUCACACAUGGUGCAGCAGGUCCUUCAGCGCUUCGGCUUCACGUACUCCUCGCCUCAGGCCACUCCUCUGUCUACUCGCCACUCGCUCUCAGCUCUGCCUUCGGAUGAGUCCGUAGAGCCGAGUGGCCCGUACCCAGAGCUUGUUGGCUGCCUCAUGUACCUGAUGACCUGCACACGACCUGACCUUGCAUACCCUCUGAGCAUUCUUGCACGCUAUGUUGCUCCUGGGAGACACCGACCAGAGCACAUGGCUGCAGCGAAGAGGGUGUUGCGCUACCUGUGCAGUACAUCGGGCAUGGGGCUAGUGCUUGGAGGGCGGAGUCCAGUGGUCCUUAUAGGGCACGCGGACGCUUCUUGGGCUGACGACCAGGCUACGCAGCGGUCGUCACAGGGUUACACCUUCAGUCUUGGUUUCGGCUCUGUCUCGUGGCGGGCUACUCGCUCGUCUUCGGUUCUCAGCUUCAGUUGUGAGGCUGAGAUCUACGCUGGGGCCAUGGCUGCACAGGAGCUUCGCUGGCUCACCUACCUGCUGACUGACCUUGGAGAGCCGCCUCGUUCUCCUCCAGUGCUGUACGUAGACAACAAAGCCAUGCUGGCCUUGUGUCGAGAGCAGCGUCUGGAGCACAGAACGAAGCACAUUGCUCUUCGCUACUUCCUUGCUCGUGAGCUGCAGCAGCGUGGACAGUUGCGGCUUGCGUACGUGGCCUCUGAGGCCAACACUGCUGAUGUGUUCACCAAGGCACUCGCGCCUUGUGACCAUCAGCGCCUCUGCACCCAGCUGGGUCUUGUGCCUGUCUUGCCUCACUUGCUCUCCUCUUGA